AUGUUGACUUUUGGCCAAGCGAGCGAGAGCAGCCCAUCAGUGGCAUUCUUUUUCGCUGGCUGUAUAGCAAUCACCCUCUACAAUGCCUUGGAAAUCAUUAUUUUAAUUUUCAUCACCUUCAAGAGAUUCUCCGGGUGGUAUUUCUGGAGCCUUUUAGUCGCAAGCCUUGGCCUAAUCGUCGCCACCAUUGGCUUCUUGACCUAUUUCUUUAAAAUAACCCCACACGCGUACCUUCAAAGCGCUGUUACAAUUGCCGGGUGGUGGGCCUUCAUCGUUGGGCAAUCGCUCGUCUUGUGGUCAAGACUUCAUCUUGUCCUCCAGAACCCCUUUAUCCUUCGCAGUGUUCUGAUAAUGAUUAUCAUCAACGCGGUCGUCCUUCUCAUUCCCACGACAGCCUUAGCAUUCUGCUAUAACAUUGUCCCAGUCCCGAGGGCAGUUGAACGCGGAUAUAAGAUUAUGGAGCCCAUCCAAAUCACCAUAUUCUGCGUCCAAGAGUUGAUCAUAUCCGGGCUCUACAUCUGGGGAACGGCUAAGAUCCUGAAAUACACAUCGGAAGAAAGGAAGCAACGAUUGAUGGCAGAACUCAUCAUUAUGAAUGUGGUUCUUGUCAUCAUGGACUUCGUUCUUCUAGGCGUCCAAUAUGCAGGCUUUCGAAUCCUUCAAAAUGUCCUUAAAUACUUUGCAUACAGCAUAAAGUUGAAGUUCGAACUCGCAGUACUCGGUAGAUUAACAAAGUUUUUCCAAGACCAGGCACUUACUUUUACUUCAAACAAUGCUCGCCAAAAUCCGCGGCCACUUGCCCAGUGGAAGUACAGCGCAGCCAACCAAAAACAUUGGGAGUCUAUAUCGUCUCAAAAAUACGAGAAAACACCACAGCCCAUCCUAAAGAUUGAUGUCGAGCAGGCAUCUACAACAGCAGGCCCUGUACCCAGGCCAGACCGUGAUAAAGAGGAGGUCGUAAAGGUCCCACUGGUUUCAAGAUGUUUCAGUUCUCAUGUUUUAUUUGCACAGCCUUUCAGGUCAUUUCUCUGGGGACAAGCUCUCCCAGGAAUCACAGUAACCCUGCGAUAA